UAUUCAACUUGCAAUUUGAUAUACAAUAAUCCCUUCAAGAAUAUGAGAAGCUUUUAGUUCAAUCAAUCAAAAUCAUUUUCGAAAUCGAAGUGAAUGUCUGUGCUGAAAUUCACCACCCCAAUUCUUCAAUUCUUCAUUUCUUAACCCUCAAUUAUUCAAAACCCCAUAACCAGAAAAAACUACCAUCUCAGUCUCAGUGUUUGAGGUGGUGGAAUACAUACACACAAUGAUUGGACGCAGAGAAAGAGAAGGACCCUUGAUGAGGAACAACGCCCAAUCUCUACGCAAAUCAAGGGUUUUAACCGCUGUAGCAAUUGGUAUUCUAAUUGGAUGCAUCUUAGCUUUUUUGUUUCCCAAUGGUUUCAUUGUUUCUCACUCUCGUCACCUCCCUGUUAAGGGAUCCAAGACCCAGGAAAUCUCAGCUGAAUGUGAAUCCUCGGAUAGAGUCAACAUGUUAAAAUCAGAGUUUGUAGCAGUAUCAGAUAAUAAUGCUGAACUUAAAAAACAGGUCAGGGAGUUGACCGAAAGGCUUAGGCUUGCCGAGCAAGGGAAAGACCAGGCUCAAAAACAGUUUCUUGCAUUGGGUAAACAGGUUAAAGCUGGACCUUUUGGUACCGUCAAGGGAUUCAGAACCAAUCCUACUGUUGUUCCUGAUGAAUCUGUGAACCCGAGAUUGGCAAAGAUAUUAGAGAAAAUUGCAAUUAAUCGAGAGAUCAUAGUUGCACUUGCAAACUCCAAUGUGAAGGAGAUGCUUGAGGUCUGGUUCACCAAUAUCAAGAGAGUUGGUAUUCCGAAUUAUAUAGUUGUUGCUUUAGACGACGAGAUUUCCAAAUAUUGUGAAUUAAAUCAAGUUCCAUUUUACAAAAGAGACCCAGAUGAAGGUAUUGAUACUAUUGGGAAAAGUGGAGGGAACCAUGCUGUCUCUGGGCUUAAAUUUCUUAUCUUAAGAGAAUUUUUGCAGUUGGGAUAUAGUGUUCUUCUAUCCGAUGUCGACAUUGUCUAUUUGCAGAAUCCUUUCAAUCAUCUAUACCGGGAUUCAGAUGUAGAGUCCAUGAGCGACGGUCAUGAUAACAUGACAACUUACGGCUUCAACGAUGUCUUUGACGAACCGGCAAUGGGUUGGUCUCGAUACGCCCAUACCAUGAGGAUAUGGGUUUACAAUUCUGGUUUCUUUUAUAUCAGACCAACCAUUCCUUCAAUUGAGCUUUUGGAUCGUGUGGCGACACGACUUUCCAAGGAGAAUGCAUGGGACCAAGCCGUUUUCAAUGAAGAACUCUUUUACCCCUCACAUCCUGGCUAUGAAGGGCUUCAUGCUGCCAGAAGAACAAUGGAUAUAUACCUCUUUAUGAACAGCAAGGUUCUUUUUAAAACAGUAAGAUAUGAUGCUAACCUCAGUAAAUUGAAACCGGUAAUUAUUCACGUGAACUACCACCCCGAUAAGCUUCCACGAAUGAAAGCGAUUGUUGAAUAUUAUGUUAAUGGGAAGCAGGAAGCUCUCAAACCUUUCCCUAAUGGCUCAAGUUGGUAACCUUGUUUAUGCUGCUAGGAUAUUAUGUGUCUCAGUUAUUUGUUCAAAAAAGUUCCAAAGUACAUUAUAUGAGUGAUAAAGCAUAGGUGUAGGUCAAAAAAUAUAUCAUUUUAUCAGCACAUUGACUUAUGCUUUUACCCCAAUUCUGAGACUGUUAAGUUUUUCCCUUUUUCUUUCUUUUUUGUUGUGGUUAUUUUGCACUUGAUCUAGGUGGGUCUUACAUAAGAUUUCUUCUGUAACAUUUGUUGUAUGCUAAUUUAAUUUUUUAUUUUAUCUCAUCCUCAUAUGCAAUACACAUUGUUAGCAAGCUUGUGUGCAAUGUCAAGGGGUUUGGAACCUUAGGCAAA